GUGGUUUCGUUUCAUGGCUGGUUCGUUCUCUGACAAUUUCUUGACAUGACAAAAUAAACGAUCCACGGCACUAGCUAGCUAGAGGAGCAACGCCGGCCAUCAGUCAGGUACCGCGCGCGGCGCCAUGGCGCUCGCCCCCAGCGCCGGCCAGGCCUUGCUCGGCGCUCAUCUUGACCUCUGGCACAACACCUUGGCUUACGUCAAGUCCAUGGCGCUCAACUCCGCCCUGGACCUCCGCAUCGCCGACGCCAUCCAGCACCACGGCGGCGCCGCGACGCUCGACCAGAUAGCCACCAAGGCUGCGGUCCACCCGUCCAAGGUCCCCUGCUUGCGCCGCCUCAUGCGUGUGCUCGCAGCCACGGGCGUGUUCGGCACCCAGCAAGCUGAUCCACCCGGUGGCCGCAGCGGCGGCGAGCCGCUCCUCCUGUACACGCUCACGCCGGCGUCCGGCCUCCUCGUCGGCUCGCGGCAGAACCUCGCCCCCAUCACCGCCCUGAUGCUCCAUCCGGCCGUCGUCUCGUCCUUCUUCGAGCUCGGCGGGUGGCUCCGGCGCGAGCUGCCGGAUCCGUGCGCCUUCAAGCUGAGGAACGGCCACGCCUUUUGGGAGCUGUGCGACCGCGACCCGGCCUUCAACAAGCUCGUCAACGACGGGAUGGGCUCCGACAGCGAGUUCCUCAUGGGCAUCGCCGUCGAGGAGUGCGGGGAGGUGUUCCGGGGGGUAAGCUCCUUGGUCGAUGUCGCCGGGGGACUUGGUGCGGCGGCCUUUGCCAUCGCCAAGGCGUUCCCGCACGUGAAAUGCAGUGUGCUGGAUCUUGCGCACGUCGUCGCCGAGGCUCCCAGCGACACUGGCGUGCAGUAUGUCGCCGGCGACAUGUUUGAGAGCAUCCCGCCGGCGACCGCAAUAUUGCUCAAGUGGGUCCUUCAUGACUGGGGCGAUGAAGAAUGCAUCAAGAUAUUGAAGAAUUGCAGGGAAGCUAUUCCUCCAAGGGAUGAUGGAGGAAAGGUGAUAAUCAUAGAUAUCGUGGUUGGCGCGGGGCAAUCGUUAGAUAUGAAGCACAAGGAGAUGCAUGUCGUAUUUGAUCUGUUUAUGAUGUUCGCCAACGGCAUCGAGCGAGAUGAGCAAGAGUGGAAGAAGAUCUUCCUCGAAGCAGGAUUCAGCAGCUACAAGAUAACACCGGUGCUGGGCGUCCGAUCGAUCAUCGAGGUCUACCCAUGACGCCCCCAUGAACAAGAACCUUAAUUUUCUACAAACAGUGAAAUGCGCAGUGUGGAUUUGUAGUCCUAUAUGUAUGAGUUUCAUGGUGCUCGCCCCAAGCGCUGACAAUCUAGCAUGGCUUUGCUUUUUUUUGGGAACUUUUUUUUUGGGAACUAGCAUGGCUUUGCUUGGUGCUGCUCAUCUUGAGCUAUGGCAGCACAA